UGAUAUUCAAGAUAAUUCUAUAAUGCGAGAAGAUUCUCCCGUAACCCAUUCUAUUUAUGGACUUGCCAGCACAAUAAACGCUGCAAAUUAUGUGCAAUUUGUUGCUUUUGAAAAAGUUGCUAACUUACAUCCCGCGGCAACUAAAAUCUUUAUUGAAGAAAUGAUGGAAUGUUAUAGGAGUCAAGGAAUUGAGAUAUAUUUGACGGAUAAUUUCAUCUGUCCAACUGAAAAAGAUUACAAGAUUAUGACAGCAAGAAAGAGUAGUUGGAUGGUCAAGUUGGGAGUAAGAUUAAUGAAACUGUUUUCUACUUAUGAAGAAGACACUUCAUCGCUAAUAAGUACUUUCGGAAUGUACUAUCAAAUA